GUUGAAGGAUACAUUUCCAUGGACGCUUGAAAGACAUUAUAUCCGUUCGCAUGUAAACGAAACACACAAAACAGAGGAUGCCUUGAUGAUCAAGGAUUAAUGAGAUUCUCACACUACAUGUUCAUUUCAUGCUUCUUUGGACAUCAUCAAAGCAGCUGCUUGAAUGUGUGAAGCAUUUCCCUCUUCUUGACUGGAGAACAGCGUACCUAAACGUUUCUGUUCAGCUUGUGUCCAGUGAUCAAUAUGUUUAACGAAAUUAAACUCACUGUGAUUGACUCAAUAUCAAAACUCAACUGGUUGGGUGAGACAGAAAAGCCAUUUUUGCAAGACAAGGUUUCGAAAAUGAGCAUAUUUGCAUUGUACUCCAAUCAAAAUGCUUCUCAACAAAAAGAAAAUCUUUCAACAAUAUACCAGAUCUCCUUUAGAAUUACCGAUAUUUACAACACACGCUUACUACAGAAUGAAUGAAAACCGUAUUUAUGUGAAUUCUGGAUUGUUGCAACAUCCACUUUAUUAUGAAAAUGGUAGUUUAGCUUCGAAAUUUGGGGCACUUGGCUGGGUUAUAAGUCAUGAGAUUAUGCACGGCAUUGGUAUCCGAGGUGUACUGUUUGAUUCAGCUGGUGCUAGUCUAACUGGUUUGUCUGGUUUUAUGUUAUCUUCUGUGAUAGAAACUAAAGCUUCAUGUAUUAGUGAUCAAUAUAGACUUUAUGAAUUUACCGAUUACAAAGCCCUUCAAUCCGAUACACGAGAUGAAAUUUUAGCCGAUAUUGGAGGUUUAAAAGCGUCUUACUAUACGUACAAGCGUUUAUAUGAGAAGUAUUCGAAUAAUGUUAAUCUCUCUCUUAUAUCUGAUCAGUCGUUCUUUCUCUCAUUUGCACAAUCUCUUUGUGGACAUCAUAGUGGAACUUCUCUUUUAAUACAUUCAGUAGUUGUUCCACAUGUAAUGGAAAGAUACAGAGUAUUCGGGGCGUUGGUUAAUAGCAAAGAAUUCGCACAUGCAUAUGGAUGUCCAGUUGGUUCACCAAUGAAUCCAGAUAAAAAAUGCGAUAUAUGGUGAAAGUAAUGUAAAUUACAUAUUCGCCGCCUUAAAGAUGCUUUGGGACGCUAAAACGUUUGAGUAAUUUUUUUGCAUCUUCUUAAAUAAAUCUUUAAAAUACACAAUUCUUAUCUUUGGUUUUAUUUUAUGAUUAUAUUCACUAUUCAUGUUAAAUACCUAUUUAUCGAUCACAAAACUUCAUAUCAGCAUAAGAACCUCAGAAUUAUGAAAAUGUUGGAUGAGAAAAUCAUUGAAUGAAUUUAACUGAUCUACAUGUCCUCUCUAUAUAACAACAACCACUUAUUCUCGUAAAACAAGAAUAUAUUGUUAGUGUUAUGAGAACAACGAAUGGUAACUUUUGGGAUCCAUUUAUGGACAAAUACUAAACGUAUAUUUUUAUCUUAUAAUUGUUAAGUAACAAAACUAUUCAUAUUCAUGUCCCUCUUAUUAUGAGCUUCAUUUUGACCUACGAAAUGUUAUUAUACGAUUUACCAUUUUUGAGAUAUAUCCAGUCUAUUAACUACUACCUCCCAUAUUCACAGCCACUUUUGGCUAGAUCUUG